GAGCACCUGGGAACAUGGCCCUGCGAGAGAGAGAAGCCAGCAGCAGCUCUGUCAAUGAGAAGCAAGAACAGAACUGCAGUCGUGUUAUUACAAUUGUCUUCCUGGCACUCUUCAUCGACUUGUUGGGAUUCGCUCUCAUCUUGCCGCUGUUUCCUUCCAUCCUCGAUUAUUACAGCCAGACUGAGGAUGGAUUCUAUUUGUCAUUGCAACGUGGCGUGGACUGGUUUGCAGUGAUGGUUGGGAUGCCUCCAGAGCGGAAAUACAACAGCGUCUUGUUUGGAGGUCUGAUUGGCUCAAUCUUUUCCAUCCUACAGUUCUUCUCCUCUCCCCUCACUGGUGCUGUGUCAGACUGUUUGGGCAGAAGACCCGUCAUCUUGAUGACAGUGGUGGGUUUGAUAACAUCAUACGCACUAUGGGCUGCCUCUAGGACUUUUGGCGUUUUUCUUCUCUCCAGGAUCGUAGGUGGAAUAAGCAAAGGGAAUGUCAGCCUCUCCACAGCUAUAAUUGCUGACUUGCACUCUCCAAAAGCACGGAGCAAGGGCAUGGCGAUGAUUGGCAUUGCUUUCUCCCUUGGUUUUACCCUGGGUCCUAUGAUGGGAGCUUACCUAGCCAUGGAGACAGAGAAAGGAAAAGUCUUCUAUCUUCAUUCAGCAUUGUUAGCACUCAUGUUUGCGGUGGCUGAUUUAAUUUUCAUCUUCUUCCUACUUCCGGAGACACUUCCCAAAGAAAAACGGGUCUCCUCUGUGACGUCUGGCUUUCAGGCAGCAGUUGACUUGCUCAGUCCUUUGGCUUUAUUUCGGUUCUCUGCAGUCACCCGAGGAAAGGAAUCCCCUUCAGAGGAGAAUCUUCAGAAUCUCAAAAUAUUGGGCCUGGCUUAUUUCCUGUACCUCUUCCUGUUUUCCGGCUUGGAGUACACACUGAGUUUUCUCACUAACCAAAGAUUCAAGUUCAGCCGCAUGCAGCAGGGCAAGAUGUUUUUCUUUAUUGGAAUAACAAUGGCUGUGAUCCAGGGAGGCUAUGCUCGACGAAUCAAGCCAGGAAAUGAAAUCAGAGCUGUAAAAAGGGCAAUUAUGUUGUUGAUUCCAGCUUUCUUGUUAAUUGGAUGGGCUACAAAUGUGACCAUGCUGAGUGUCGGACUCCUGUUGUACUCUUUUGCUGCGGCCAUUGUUAUCCCGUGUUUGUCAGCAGUGGUGUCAGGCUACGGCUCUGCCAGCCAGAAGGGACGCGUCAUGGGGAUCCUGAGGAGCCUGGGCGCCCUCGCCAGAGCCCUGGGACCGAUCCUGUCAGCUACAGUUUACUGGCUGGCAGGGGCAGAGGUUUGCUUCACCGCCUGCGGAGCUUUGUUCCUCAUCCCCCUCCUUUUACUUGGCUCUAUGAAACAGCAGAGGAAGGAGGAGUAG